GACCUUCAACGCCAGACCGGCAGAUCAUCAUCCAGGCUCUCCUUGCUCGUUAUUUCUGCAGUAAUGACUGCACUGCUGGCAGUGCUGGGAGCAGUGCUGUGCGCCUGCACGGUGUCCUCAGAAAUAGCUCCACAACCAGACUUCAAUGUGCAGCAGGUGACAGGGAAGUGGUUCCUGAUUGGCUUUGCCACGAAUGCCCAGUGGUUUAUCAACCACCGAUCCAGCAUGAAGAUGGGCACGGCCAAGAUCACGCCAACUGCAGACGGAGACUUGAACAUAUCGUAUGCCGGCCUCACCCCUGGUGGAUCGUGUUGGAGAAUAAACAGCAUGGCAAAGAAGGCCGAUGUUCCUGGAAAGUUCACAUACACAAGUCAACGCUGGGGCAGUGAAAAUGAGAUGACCAUAGUUGAAGUGAAGUACAACAAGUAUGCCAUGAUUCACAUGAUCAGCACCAAAGGGGGCGUUCCCACCAUUAUCAACAAGCUAUACGGCCGUGGAGCAGAGCUCAGUUCUGAUGUGCUGGAAAAGUUCAGGAUAUUCUCCCUCAAGACCGGCAUCUUGCCUGAAAACAUUGCUGUUCUUCCCAAAAAUGGCGAGUGUCCUGCUGCCUAACAUUCUGCCCUGGUCAUCGUGUGCCAAAACAUGCAGUCCUAAUCCCUUAAUAUUUUUUUCCCUGAACUAUGGUACAAAACAAUCAGAUUAUAAUGUAACAUCCAAAACAUGCUUUGGUACGUUUCCAAAUCCAGUGCCAUAUGAGCAAAUUAAAAGACACACCUAAAAUACUUUGCUUUUAUUAUCUUUUAUAACAAAUACAAUGAAGUACAUCCAUAACAACACAGUCCAGAGUUAAUUUUUCAGCAAGUGUUUACAUCUAAACGCUUUGUACAGUUCUGUAUACAAAACAAUAAUUUACGUCCCAUAGAAGUCUAGUUACACGUAACUAUACGACGACUUAUAAACAAAAUAAAUAUAAAAACAGACAAAAGUCACGGUGGGGGGGG